GUGAGGUGUGCCCUUGGACAUUUCCGGUCAAUUGAAACCAUUGCUGGUACGACGCCAACACAAGCAAUUCCGAGGAUUCUGAAACGGAAAAUAUUCAAUGUGACGUAUAUCAAUAACCCUGAGACAUUUAUGAAGGAGAUGAAGUCCCCCGAGGACAUAUUCUCCAAGGCUUUCAAAAGACACUUUGAAUAUCUCCGGGAUACGUCGAGGAAAGCGGAGGAUUGGCUGCGUAAACUGGAGUCGACGCAGAGUCAACACGAAGAGACUAUGAGGUUGCUGGUGGAGGAGAGGAAGGAGCGGGUGGAAAGAGAGAGACGCGACCGCGAGGCUAGGGAGGAGGAGGAAAGGAAACGUAGAGAG